GGUCCCUUGGCGCCCAAACCUCUUCAGACAAACACUAUGAUAUGCGAAAAUCGGCGGGCUUGAGAGCGGAGUGGAAGUAAAAGUUAUUAGGUUUUCUCUCCGUUUGAUUCAACGAUGGAGAAGCUCGGAUUUUCUAGCAUGAAGAGGUUGAACCAGUUGAAGUCACCACUCUCUGGUUCGGCACAAGGAACUUCGAAAACAUUGUCCUUCUCUUCGCGUUCCGUUCCCGACUCUGCCUCAUCAGGAAGUUUUGUCAAUUUGAAGAUUGCUGCAGAAAAAUUGAUGAAGGAGCAAGCUUCUUUAAAGACUGAUCUGGAAAUGGCGAAUGGGAAAUUGAGGAAAUCAUUGGAGCACACACGUGCUUUAGAGGAUAAACUGCAGAAUGCCUUGAAUGAAAAUGCCAAACUACAGGUGAAGCAUAAAGAAGACGAGAAGUUGUGGGAGGGACUGGAAUCGAAAUUCUCGUCGGCUAAGUCACUGUGUGAUCAGCUCAAUGAAACAUUACAACGUUUAGCAAGUCAGGUUCAGGAUGCUGAGAAAGACAAGGAGGUUUUAGAAGCCAAAUUAUCUGCAAGUUGUACGGCGAUUGAUGGGUUAAACCAAAAAAUGCAGGAGUUAUCAAUAAAAGUAGAGUCUGCAGAAGAGACAAUAAGAAAUCGUGAGAAGGAGCUGGCGGAGCUCAAAAUUGAGAAAGAGGAUAAUUGUAAAUUGUACAGAGAAGAACAGCAGAGAACUGCAAAUCUGAGUGAGGAAAAAGACUAUAUGACCAAGAGAUUUGAAGAAACACUAGCGGAGAACAGGUUGAUCAUAGAGGGACUGAGCUCUAAACUGGAAGAGGCACAAUUAGAGUUGAACUUGAAAGAAGACAAAAUUACUAGUUUGAUAGCCUCGCUGGAUGACUUGCAAAAGGAAAAGAGGGAUCUGGAGAUGCAUAAGGACGAGGUUCAUAAGAAAUUAAACAUGUCACUCUUGGAGACCAGAAAACUUGAAGAUCUCGUCAAUUUAUUGUCUGAACAGCUGAUUCAGUUGGAUUGUCAUAGCUCAACUUUUUUAGAGAAAUUUAAUCUUCUAAGCCUUCUUAGUGACUCUUGCUUUAAGCUGGCCAAAUUGGAGAGCGAUGUUGCUUCAGAGCUGGCCCAAAAACGAUACAACAAGCUCCAUGACAAAUUGAUUUGUAUAACAUCAGAAAACAAUGCACUCAAUUUGGUAAAUGUGGAAUCACAGCAGAAGGUAGAUGGACUUCAAAAAGUCCAAGAAUCACUCAAGGCACAGCAUUCAGAAGAAUCACGUUUAGCAGGAGAGAAAAUUCAAAAGUUGGAGUCUGAAAUAGAAACUCUCGUUUCAGAAAAGAUGGAGACAGAAUCAUUAAUUUCCAAGUUAGAGGGGACAAUUGGUACUUUGUCAGAAAGUUCAAGAUUAUCUGACAGUAAAAUGCAAAGUUUGUUGCAGAAGAUUUCCGCACUAGAAAUCGAGAAUCAGUACAACAUAAAAAAAUUGGAGAAAGAGUUACACGAAAAAGCAGAAGAGAUAGGUACUUUGAUGAAGGAGAGUGAGAAUCAUAAAAAACAUGCAGAUAUGAUCGAGUUAGAGAGCGAGCAACUUCGUAAUAUUCUGAAAGAAAAGGAAGAAUUUAUUCUUUUGUCUAAGGAGCGUGAGAAGAAGCUAGAAGACAAAAUUAAAGAGAAUCAAGCGCUACUGGUUGCUGCUGAAAUGAAGCUUUCUGACGCUGAAAGGCAGCACGAUACUAUGCUGGAGAGUAAACAGAUGGAGUUAUCAAGGCAUUUGAAAGAAAUAUCCCAUAGAAACGAUCAGGCUAUCAAUGACAUCCGGAACAAAUAUGAAGUGGAGAAAUUGGAGAUUGUCAGCAAGGAAAAAGAAAAGGCAGAUCAAGUUGUACAAGAGAUGGAACGAAAUUGUGAACAAAGACUGGAAGAAAUGAAAGAAGAAUCUAGGCAAUGCUUGAUUCGCAUUCGGGAAGAACAUGCUGCUCUGUUGAGUCAAAUUCAGCAAGAUCAUGCCAGAAAUGAACAAAUUUGUAAAGCCAAACACAAUGAAGAGUUAAAGUAUGCUCAACUUCAAGCUGAGAACGACUUGAAAGAGAAAUUGACAUCACUGAGAAGUGAACAUGAGGCUCAGAUGAAAGCUGUAAGAUGUCAAAGCGAAGAUGAAUGUAGGAAACUUCAAGAGGAAUUGGAUCUCCAAAGAACCAAAGAAGACAGGCAGAGAACGUUGUUGCAAUUGCAAUGGAAAGUGAUGGGUGACAAACUACAAGAGGACCAAGAAGUGAAUUCAAAGAAGGACUACUCCAUGUCAUCAAUCAAGAUGAGAGAUUCCGGUGGUUCCAGAAGAAACAAGCGUGCUCUGAUUAGAACAGCAAAUGCACAGGUGUCACCUUACCUGCAACCAACUCAAACACCAGUGUCACAGUUGUUGAAGACCGUAGAGGACAUGAACACAGGAAGUGUUGCAAAUAUACCUAAGCACCAUAAGAAGGUCACUCGCCGUGAAUAUGAAGUUGAAACCACAAAUGGAAGGACGAUCACUAAAAGAAGAAAAACCAAAAGUACAGUUUUGUUUGAGGACCCGAGAAAACAUAAUAAAACUCCAAGAAGAAAUACCCCCAGAGGUCCUGUUGUCAAGAAAAUCAAGGGUGGAGUUGAAUCACGUCCUUCAAACAUUGGUGAUUUGUUUUCGGAAGGGUCCUUGAAUCCCUAUGCAGAUGAUCCUUAUGCAUUUGAUUGAAGCAGUUAAUGUCCAUUUGGCUGUUUUUGCUAUCCAAAGUUUGUCAGCACGUCAAUAUGUCCAGGGACAAAACUAUGUUUUGAUCAGAUAUUGCAUUCGCCUUAGUCCCGAAGAGAAGAAUCGUUUGGCCUUUCCUUUAUAAGUGGUUACAGUCGUUAUUCUCCCAAAUUUCCGACUCAAAGAGGUGAAUCAUGAAAUGGGUACCAAUAUACCAAACAAUAUCAUGAGUUCCAAAAUGGUAGGAAAGAACAUCGACUUCGUUCUGAUCUUAUGCUCAGAAGGACUCAUUAACUUGGUCCAUGCUUGCAAAGUUUUCAUCAAAGAAGUGGACUUAGUUAAUUUCUCUUUAGUGACAUCCCUACUGGAGUUUGGACAUUGGUUGAUCAAAAAAUAAACACAAGAUUUAUGAUUGAGUGUCUGUGUAGGAAGUAUUAUUGAAAACUAUCGGUUGUCUUAAGAUUAUUGUCGGUCGUAAACAAGUAAAGUAAAAUAAAUAAUUGACAAACAAGAUCCGGAUUGAUCAAUUAUACCCAGUAAACUGUAUUUUAUUAUUGAAGCAUAAAGUUUCAAAUGAAUAUUGCCUCUCCCUUUAGGUACUGCAUCCAUUGAAAUUGAACAGAGAGCACACGGAUGGCCGCGGGACUCGAUAAGCCAAAGAUGUGAGAUGGCCUUGCAUGUCUAUUUUUGAAAGGCAAGUUUCAUCUUCUCAAUGCGUUGCCUGCUUAUUUCAUUGAACUGUUCUCUGUAUACGUACUUAUACAAUGCCCAUAUGUUUUCUUGUCCAAUUUAAAAUGUGUAGCUCGCCAUGGAUGUUUACAGGACCGAGAAUGCGGCGUAAUCUGUGUUGAUAAAUUGGGUGUGAACUUUAGAAACAUUCCUUGUUAAAAAGUUCACUGAUCCCUUAAAUCUUACUUUGAUUCAUACACUUCAAUUGCAUGAUUUUCCAUUCAACUAUGGAGUAACUGUUUGGUUAGUGAUUACGAAUGGUUGAUGACAUGUUGAAACAAAUGACAUAAUUGAACAUGCUCAGAUUUAUAUAGUAAUUGAACAUGCUCGAGAGUUGAAUUAGAUGAUCAAGAAUUGAAUGUAUUUGAUGAUCAAGAAGGGCAUGAUAAGUCAUCAAUCUUUUCCAUUUCUUAGACGUGAAGUCAUUCAAAUCUAUAUUCUCCAACUUGUAACAUAAUAAUAUAUAUAAAAUGAUGUAUCAAUGUUUUCA